AUGUUGGCUAGCACUGCGCUGGCCAUUCCCAAACCCGGUGUGAGGUGCCGCUCCAUGAACUCCACCGUCACAACAGCGGACAGCAACGACUUGAAGUCGUGGUGGCACGAAGCAGGUGUGAUCGAUCCACACGGCCCCAUCGCCGAUGACAGCGUCCGUCAAUCGCAUCUAUACUCGGUCCAGGUUGCUUCCGCCGGCAGCAACACCUUCUACGAUUCUUUUGUCUACGAGACCAUUCCCCGCAGCGGCAAAGGGAAGCUCUGUUACCCAGAUAGGUCAGAUAUUUGUAAUGAAGACGAUCAGGUCAGCAUCGAGGACGACAUCGGUGUCACCAUGGGAUGGUCCCAGUUUCUCUAUGGAAAGGACGCAGUCGUCAAAAUCACUCGCACCGACGACAAGCCAAUCCUUUCGGCCGAUCACAUUACGAUCCGUCCCACCAACCGCGAGUUCGACGUGACGGUCUCCAAUAACGCUGCUUUUAUCAGGGUACCUUACAACCCCGAGACUAAUGGUGCGCGCUUCUCGGUAGAGUUCGCAGACGACAUUUUUGAGUAUCGUAUUAAGGAGAAGACCCAGCAAUCGACCUACGUGCAAGACGUCAACCCAUCGGGCGACUACUAUGUUCAGUCUUACACAGACUCUAUGCCGGUUGUGGGGCGCGAGCCACUCAAUGCGCUCCUCAUUUUCGCUAGCCCCUUUCCUUCCGGAGUUUUUGUCCCAUCCACCCAGCAGGAUAUAUAUGAAGUUCAGCCUGGCCUUGUUGAGAGUCUCCAACAGGUGACCAAGUCGGUUGUUUCUUUUGGUCCUGGGGUUUACUGGUUCACAGGGAAGAAUCGUGCUAUUCUUCCAUCUAGUGUGUCAUGGGUCUACCUGGCCCCUGGUGCAUAUGUCAAGGGCGCCAUCGAGUACAACAACCCCAACAGCCCGCAGCUUAAAGCCACUGGUUACGGUGUGCUCUCUGGAGAACAAUAUGUUUAUCAAGCAAACCCUGCAGCAGGAUAUAGCAACACCAAGUCUGAUCUGACGUCCUUGAAGAUGUGGCGUGGUAAUGGUGUCACUAGUGGGCAGACUUGGGUAAUGAAUGGUAUUACCACCAGCGCUGCUCCUUUCAACGUCAUGGACUUUUAUGGAGACAAUGACGGCGUGCCUCCUCCUGGUUUUGCUGUGGAUAUCACCGAUUACAAGCAAGUCGGCGGUUACUUUGGCCAGACCGAUGGCCUUGAGAUGUACACCAAUGGCCGUCUGCAGGAUGUUUUCUAUCAUGUUGGCGAUGAUGGUAUCAAGACAUAUUACUCAGGUGUCCACGCUCAGCGUAUGAUAGUUUGGAAGACCAAUAAUGCCCCUAUUAUUCAGAUGGGCUGGUACCCACGCAAUAUUGAAGACAUCCGUCUUGAGGACAUCGAUGUGAUUCACUGCCGUUAUUACUCGUGGCUGGACUUUGCCCCCCGAGCUCUGAUCGGAUCCUCCUCCAGCUAUCUUGAUAUCAAUUCUGAUAGCACGGCCGAUAUCACUACCACCAUUUCCAACUACACUGUGGCAAAUAUCCGAGCAGAGGGUAUUUCUCCAGGUCUUAUCAGUCUGAACAUGUUGUCGAACAUCGAUGAUUUCGUUAUUGAAAAUGCUUGGAUUGAGGAGUUAACCCCCGUUCCUUCCCUCGACAUCAGUGCUAUUGUGGGAUUCACGGAUAAGAAUCAUAACAACCAAAAAGUCAGCCUUGGUGCCAAUUCCGUCAAUGGGGUCGGUUUGACCAUCCGGGGCUUCCAGGUCGGAGAUACCCCUAUCAAAUUCGAUUCGGACAAUUGGGAUGUCAAUUCCGCCGGUCGCAUCAGCAUUGACCCUGCCUUUGACAGCCACUACGUAGUGGAGUAA